UAUCAUAAAACUUUUAUAUAAUGUGAUAAACCAGUACCUUUACUUUUUACCAUAAUCCAAUUCGAUGGUUUAUAAGUUUCUUUCUUUGUUAGCCUAGACAACAACGAGUUGAGUUUUAAGAAUAGACAAGGAGAGUAAAACCUAAAAGGCUAAAUCAAACGAAUACACAAUUGGUCGAUCGAUUAUACUGUAUUAAUUAGCUGUUCUUUUUUUUAUCAACAAUAAUAAUAGUCGUUGUAAUUACGGGAAUCAAAACCCACACAUGCAUUUAUUGAGUUGGGCAGUUUCCAAUUUGAUUCCUCUAGAUCCUACAACUAUGCUGUCAAUCCACAUUAUGUUUUUAAUGAUUUAAACAAAUCUUCAUUAUAGGCUUAGUUAAUUUACUUGAGUAUAUAAUCUGUUCGAGAAUAGAACGAAAUGUUUGUAAAAUCUUUAGCUUUCACUAAAUUUUUGCUUUGAAAAAGCCUUCCCUUUUCUCUUUAUGUGCUAUUUCUUCACCAGUCUCUUCAACCAUCUUCUUUGCUAACAACACUAUACUCGAGUGCUUUCUGUCCCCGUAAGUAAGUUCUCGUAGUAUUUAUUAUUUCCUUUAUUUUGUUUACAGCUUUCCCGUCGAGUUUUAACUCUUUUAUACGGUUAAUUAUUUUAAAUACAGGAUUAUGAUCUAUCUACAUUUUACAGCCUAAACUUCCUGCACAAGAAGAAUAUAUUGUGAGUAAUCUAUUGGUUAUUGAAAAAACAAAGGAAAGGCGCAGCAAUGAGAGAAGAAAAUGAUUAUGGAGCAGAACCAAGGGAGAGAACGCUGGGUCUAACACCAACUUGGUCCGUUGCUACAGUUUUGACUGUCUUUGUAGUUGUUUCUUUGAUCGUUGAGCGUUCCAUUCAUCGGCUAAGUAACUGGUUGCGGAAAACAAAGAGGAAACCUUUGUUUGCUGCAUUGGAGAAAAUGAAAGAAGAGCUGAUGCUGCUCGGAUUCAUAUCUCUUCUUCUUACAGCUAUCUCUAGCACAAUAGCUAACAUAUGCGUUUCUUCAAGUUUCUACGACAACAGAUUUGUCCCAUGUUCCCGGUCUGAGAUCAUUGAGGAACAUGAUAGUACUAUUUCAUCUGUCAAACGGACUCGGUUGACGAGAUCUCCUUUCUUCCACAGCUUGAGGAGAAGAUUGGUUGGCAUUGGCGAGACUACUUGCAGUGAGGGACAUGAGCCAUUUGUUUCAUAUGAAGGCAUGGAACAGUUGCAUCGCUUCAUAUUUAUAAUGGCAGUCACACAUGUAACUUACAGCUGCUUGACUAUGCUCCUUGCAAUCGUGAAGAUUCAUAGAUGGAGGAUCUGGGAAGACGAGGCUCAGAUGGAUCGAAAUGAUUGCUUAACAGUGGUCGCACGUGAAAAGAUAUUGAAAAGGCAAACAACAUUUGUCCAAUAUCAUACAUCUGCUCCUCUGGUCAAGAAUAGAUUACUUGUAUGGGUGAUAUGUUUCUUUCGGCAAUUUGGACACUCCGUUGUUCGUCCUGACUAUCUAACACUCCGCAAGGGAUUCAUCAUGAAUCAUCACCUAACAUUGACAUACGAUUUUCAUAGCUAUAUGAUCCGCUCUAUGGAGGAAGAGUUCCAAAAGAUUGUCGGUGUCAGUGGGCCACUUUGGGGCUUUGUAGUUGCUUUCAUGCUUUUUAACAUCAAAGGGUCAAAUCUUUAUUUCUGGUUAGCAAUCAUUCCAAUAGCUCUUGUUCUUUUCGUUGGUGCAAAGCUGCAACAUGUAAUUGCAACUUUAGUAUUGGAGAACGCUGGGAUAACAGAAUAUGCUUCUGGUGUUAAAUUGAGACCUCGUGAUGAACUUUUCUGGUUCAAGAAACCAGAAUUACUCUUAUCCCUUAUCCACUUCAUUCAGUUUCAGAAUGCCUUUGAGCUGGCUUCGUUUUUCUGGUUUUGGUGGCAAUUUGGAUACAACUCUUGCUUCCUUAGGAAUCAUUUACUUGUCUACUUGCGAUUGAUUCUAGGGUUUGCUGGACAGUUUUUAUGUAGCUACAGCACAUUGCCACUCUAUGCACUUGUCACUCAGAUGGGAACAAAUUACAAGGCAGCGUUGUUACCUCAGAGGGUAAGAGAUACAAUAAACGGUUGGGGAAAAGCAACCAGAAGAAGAAGACGGCAUGGGUUAUAUGGAGAUGAUUCGACUAUUCGAACAGAAACAAGCACAAUCGCAUCAGUUGAAGAAUACGAUCAUCAAGUGCUUGAUGAUGUUCCUGAAACCUCUCCAGCUCAAGGUGCUGAUCAUGAGCUGGAGCUUGUUAAAAACUGGGAAGCUUCUACCACAGUAGCUAAUGAAAAUUCUAGUCGGGUUGGAACACCCCUCUUGCAACCUUGUGCGUCAACAUCGUCAACGACUUUCUCAAAGUUACAGACAGAAACCACAGAAUCACUUUCAAGGUCGUCCUCACUGCCAGUGAAAAGAUAAUAUUUGGAUGUCCGUCUUUCUUUCUCAACGCUGCUUUGCUAAACCAGCUGAGAUAACUCAGGUUUAAGAUUAGUGUGUGUGACUAUCUUCUACUAUAAAUGAUAUAGGAUUUUGAGUACAGAGAUCAUGUCGUUGAACAUGGUACAGCGUAUCAAAUAGUUGUAAGAAAUCGAUUUACACGAUAAUGUUCAAAACUUAGCGAGGCACGUCUAGUCGAACGUUCGGCCUUAAAUAUCGCGUUUUGGUUAAACGUUUUGGUUAAGAAAAUUAUGUGUAACGUUUUGGUCAAAAUAAUAUGUAACGUAAUCAACGUAGAAGAUUAUGCCAGAAGCUUCGUUAAUGAGAAAUAACGAAAUAAUAUUGGCGCGUACGUGGAGAGGUCAGCCAUGAGGCCCAUGACCUAAUACAAGCCACACAUAUGAUGUUCUUUAGCUGUACGUAAUUUAGUAUAAAUAUAUGAGAAUAAAUUUGAUUUUUUCAGUUCUAUGUUUAUUCUAAAACAUGUAGCAGAGCAGCUAAAUGAAUCUCGGACUUUCGCUUUCAACGACAAAUACGGCACCCAGACGGCCAGACCUUAGGAAAAUCCAUCGAAUUGACUUUAUUUUUCGUCUACAUUUCCUUUAUUCGAUCAUGUCUAUGAAUUACUCAAAUACGUAGUAAAAAAAAUACAUCGUAUUAAGAAAGUCAAAACAAACUUUUGAAAAAUGUAUCUAAACUACUCCAUAUGUUUCAAAAUAAUUGAUGUCUCCGAUGGAAUCACCAAAAUCAGGACAUACAUUUUCUACGAAAAAUUAACACAAAAAAUAUAAAAUAAACAUAAUUCAGUCAAUUAUCAAAAAAAAUAUUAUAAAACACUAUUGAUCACACAUUUUUCAAUAAAAUUUAAAUUAAUUAAAAAAUAUCAAACAUUAUGUAUUUUGAAACAUCAAAAACUCUUUAGAACAUUAUCUAUUUUGAAACGGAUGGAGUAUUAAAUAUAAUCUGACAAACACGAUAUUAUGGAAAUCGAUGAAGUUACACUAAUAUUAAAGUUCGUUUUUGCCAGUAAUUUGUUAUCAGGAGGAUGAUGCUAUCCCGAGUUUUGUUAACAAUAUUAAAAUAUUUUUUUACAUUAUAAGGGGAAUUAAUCACGUUUAUUGCCUUUCCAAUAAUUUUUUUUUCAGAUAAAGAUGGAUAUUUUUCUUUGGUUAGUAUGGUUCAGAAAAAGGCCCUUCAAUAAAGUUUGCUUUAAAAUGAAGUUUGUUUCAAAGAAAAUGAAGUUUGCUUUAAAAUCUGUCGAGAACCUACAGUAACUAUUAACAAAGAUCGAAAUAAACCAAAUAUAUUUUUAAUUAUAAAAGCUGGAAAAAUGAAAAUAUCUCAGAAACUUAACAGAAAACAAACAAAAGGAAAAUAUAAUUCUAGUAAACAAAAAAAAAGGAGAAAAAAAUGGAAAAUAUAUCUUAGUGUCGGUGUUACAGAAAGUCUCCCACGCUUUCUCUCUUAGAACUGAUGUGUAGGUUUUUUAAUAUAAAAAUUUAUUUUAUCUAUACUAUUAAAAUAAAAGUUAUGAUUUUUUUCAUGUGUGAUAUUUUAAAUGAAUAAUUUCUAGAAAAUUGCUUAUAUUUUUUUGUAUUUUCAUGAUAAAAUCCUAACAACCUAUUUAAUUUUCUUUUAUUCCAUCAAAAUAUUAUAAGAUAUGCAUAAUUUUCAAAAAUAUAAUAUUCCAUCAAUAUAUAAUUAUAUUUGCAUAUAACCAUUUAUAAUCUACUUAAUAAUAAUAAAUUUUAAUUAUUCUAGAGUUUAUACUUGUAUAUGAUCUAAUUAAUAAAUAAUACUAAUAACAUUUAUCAUGCAAAUAAAAUAAUGUUAGAAUUUUACCUUGCAAAUAAUAAAAUCAAAUCAAAUAUUAAAAAUCCUGAUGUUAUUCUAUUUGCAUAAUAAAUGUUAUUAUUAUUAGUUAUAUUAUACAUGUAUCAAUAUUUAUAUAGGUAUUUUGUUAACAAACAUGUAUUGAUAAAAAUAUAAUAUUUUAAAAUACAAUACUAUAGAUUCAACCAUAUACUAUUUUUAUAAUAAAUCACUUAAUAUAUAUAUACUGUAGUGAUGAAUCUUUCAUGUUUGAUUUUUUUAAUUUGGACUAUUCUAUAAAAUUUUAUCAAUUUUUACAUAAAUUUAUUAUAAUAUUUUAUCUUUUUAUUUGAAUACAAAUAAACAUUUUUUAAUAUUUUCUAACUAAAAGAAAAACCAAAAAGUAAUAGAUAAAAGUAAAUAUUUAAUUUCUUUUAAUAUGUGUGAACAACCUUAAACAUCAUAUAUUUGUAUCAAGAGGAAGUAUAAACUAAAAUAUUUAAGUAUAGAAAUAUAAAAACCUGCACGAUUGUGCGGGUAAAGAUCGAGUACUGUCUAAGUAAAAAAGUAGUCAAAGAAGUUUGUUUAAUACCAAGUUCAAAUUUUUUUAUAUAUUCAUCUUCUCGAAGAACAAGACAAGUCAUCAUGUAUUGCCUCACCCAUGUAUAUAAACAUCAAGAUAAUCAUAAGACUUUGUCUUUAGGAGCUGCUGGAUCUGCCGUCGCCGGAGCUGGAGCCAACAGCCGGAGCUGAGAAGCUCCACUCCAUCCUGCCGCUUACCUUGCAGCACUGCCGGAGCUGAGAAGCUCCACUCCAUCCUGCCGCCUACCUUGCAGCACCGUUUCAGAUAGUGAAUCAGGAUGACGAUGACCAACCAAAGGGCGAAACCGAGUGCAAAGUCUAUGCAUCGGUCCGCCGGCAUGCAUUCUCCGGUAGCCGGGAUCGGACAAUCAGUCGGCAUACCUACUUUGAAUCGAAGAGUUUAUGAACUCAAGUUGAUGAACUAUACAAAUCCGAUGAACUCUGCUUUAUAUAAUGUUUAGAGUACUCAUUUCAUCGGAAUCGAAUUGUGAAUUUGUUUCCUUUACUUAGGGUAGAUGUUUAGAAUAGAAUAAAUAUUUUAAAGAAUAUUGCAAGAAUGUUAUAAUCGGAAUGGGCAGAUUGUUGGGUAAUGUGUGGUGUAGGAUUGUCUCAAAUUAUUUCUAGAUCAUGUUCAGAAAAUAUUAAUAGUAUAUUUAACGAUUUAAUGAAAAAAAUUUAAAAGUUAAUUAUUAUGUUUGAUGUUUCUUUAAAAUUAUAAGCUUUAAUCUAGCCAUAUAUCUAAAAUUUUAAAGUUUUUAUCAUAAUUUACUUAUAUAUUUUUUAUAAAUUCUUAAUUUGUUCUGAAUUUUUUGCUUAUUUUUUUCUUAUUUUUAUAUUUGGGGCAUGUUCAACCGUUCCACUUGCAUAUGUUAUUAGACAGCAUGUUGUGGUGUAUUAUUGUUAUUAGCGUGUAUAUAUCUAUAUUAUUAAAACAGAAUCCUUCUUAGGAUUAUGCCUCUGAUUUUUCCAAUUAAUUACAAAAAUUUCUAUUACUUUUUUCAAUUGUUUUUAAUGGUUUUCAGAAAUUAAAAGCCAACACUGAUUCUGUCCAACUAAACAAAAUAAUCCAAUAAUUUAAAAAUUUAAAGUCAAAGAAGCCCAACAGUGUUUUCUUUUAAAAACAAUUAUAAGUCAAUUUAAAUACAUUAUUAUUAUUAUUUAAUAUUUUUGUAAUUUUAAUUUAAAAUUUAUACAUUAUUUAAAAAUAUGUAGAAUGAAAAACGUAAUGUCUAUUACAUUUUUCAUAUAUAAUAUUUAAUUAAUAAAUUAAAAUUGUAAAUAAAUAACCUUAGCAAAUAUAUAAUCACAGUAUGAUUAAAUUUAUUGAGUAGAAGUUUACCAUUUUAUAAUCUUUUAACUAAUUUAUUAGUACACAAAUUUAUUAUUAUAUAAUAAAAAAAUA